UCUUCAUCCUCCUCCUCCUCCUCAGCAUCCCGCCAAGUGUGAGGGGGGGGGCUCAUGCCACCUGCCCCCGCGCCCUGCGGGUCGCCUCGCCCGGAGAGCGGCGGAGCCCCGUAGGAGCGAGCGGCGGCAGCGCUGAGGAAGCAUGGCAGACACGGAUCUUUUCAUGGAAUGUGAGGAGGAGGAGCUGGAGCCAUGGCAGAAAAUCAGCGACGUCAUCGAGGACUCCGUGGUGGAGGAUUACAAUUCCAUGGAAAAAAAUCCCACAGGCGGGAAUGCCGCGGUGCAGCCGGGCGGGCAGUCGCUGCUGCUGGCGCAGAGCCCCGCGCCCGGCCUGGGCGCCGUGGUCACGCAGCCCCUGCUGCGGCCGGUGCAGCUGAUGCAGAACGCCAACCACGGCACCAACCCGCCCGCGGGCACCCAGCCCAUCUUCAUCACCACCCAGGGGUUCCCGGUGCAGAACGUCCGGCCCGUGCAGAGCCCCAUGAACCAGGUGGGCAUCGUGCUCAACGUCCAGCAGGGCCAGACCGUGCGGCCCAUCACCCUCGUGCCAGCCCCAGGUACCCAGUUUGUUAAACCAGCAGUUGGCGUUCCCCAGGUGUUCUCGCCGGUGGCGCAGGUGCGGCCGGGCAGCGCCGGGCCCGGCCGGCCGGCCACCAACGCCUUUGCCACGGUCAUCCCGGCCACGCUGACCCUGCGCAGCACCGUGCCCCAGGCCCAGGCGCCCCAGCAGAGAAUUCCAUGGAAUCCUCUCCCCUCCGCAGUGAGCAUCGCCAGCUUCGUGACGGUGAAGCGCCCGGGCGUGCCCGGCGACGCCAGCGGCGCCGGCGGCCCCGAGGUGGCCAAGCUGGUGAACACGCUGGGCACGGUGCCCUCGCUGGCCCACGGCCCCGCCGCGCUGGCCGUGGCCAACAGCAGCCCCGGCGCGGCCCAGCGGGGCACCGCCGGCGAGGCCUCGGCCUCGGCCGCGCCCCGCAAAGGCAGCUCCUCCCCCAUUCCCAGCCUGGAUUUCCAGGACGGGGGCCGCAAGGUCUGUCCCAAGUGCGACUCGCAGUUCCGCGUCACCGAGGCGCUGCGGGGCCACAUGUGUUACUGCUGCCCGGAGCUGGUGGAAUUCCUGAAGAAACGCAAAUCCCUGGAUUCCGAGCCCGCCCCACCCUCGGCCAAGGCCCCCUCCCCCGCCCAGGGCGCGGCCCCGGCCCCGCCCCCGACCCCGCCCAAGGCCGCACCUGAGCCAGGUGAGGGCGGGGCUGACCCCGCCCAGGCCAAGCUGAUCAUGCUGGUGGACGAGUUCUACUACGGGCGGGACGGGGGCAAGGGGGCGGCCGUGCCACCCUGCCCCAGGGUGCCCACGUCCUUCCGCUGCCCCCACUGCACCAAGCGCCUCAAGAACAACAUCCGGUUCAUGAACCACAUGAAGCACCACGUGGAGCUGGACCAGCAGAACGGCGAGGUGGACGUGCACACCAUCUGCCAGCACUGCUACCGCCACUUCAGCACCCCCUUCCAGCUGCAGUGCCACCUGGAGAACGUGCACAGCCCCUACGAGUCCAGCACCAAGUGCAAGAUCUGCGAGUGGGCGUUCGAGAGUGAGCCGCUCUUCCUGCAGCACAUGAAGGACACCCACAAACCCGGGGAGAUGCCCUACGUCUGCCAGGUGUGCCAGUACCGCUCGUCGCUGUACUCCGAGGUGGACAGCCACUUCAGGCUGAUCCACGAGGACACGCGGCACCUCCUGUGCCCCUACUGCCUCAAGGUGUUCAAGAACGGCAACGCCUUCCAGCAGCACUUCAUGAGGCACCAGAAGAAGAGCGUGUACCACUGCAACAAGUGCCGCCUGCAGUUCCUGUUUGCCAAGGACAAGAUCGAGCACAAGCUGCAGCACCACAAAACCUUCCGCAAGCCCAAGCAGCUCGAGGGGCUCAAACCCGGCACCAAGGUGACGAUCCGGGCGUCGCGGGGCCAGCCGCGCUCGCUGCCGCCGGAACCUUCGCAGGGGCCGGGCCCGGAUCCGGCGGCGCUGGGACCCUCCGCGGACCCCCAGCCCCUCUUCCUGUGCCACCGCAGCGCCCCCCGCAGGGCCGGCAGGAAAACCAACCACGUUCCCAGGAAAAGCCCCAAAUAUUUGGCUUUAUUCAAGAACUACACGGCCAGCGGGGUGAGGCUCUCGUGCUCCUCCUGCCUCUUUGUCACCUCUGAGGGAGACUCCAUGGCCAAACAUUUGGUGUUCAACCCCUCCCACGAGUCCAGCAACAUCAUUGUCCAAGGGCCUUCUUGGAUGUCACAUUCCAGGUAAAUAAAAAAUUCCUGUUUCUCCUCGUCCCCCCAGUCCAUGGCUUUUCUCUCCCCUUUUUCCUCCCUUCCCUAUUCUCCCUUUCUCCAACCCCUUCCCCAGCACCCCCAGCCAACCCCGACCCCCCGUCCCCCCGACGGGGACCCUCCCCAAAAGGACCCCGAGCCCCCCAGGAAGGAGCAGCUCUCCGUCAAGAAGCUGCGCGUGGUGCUGUUCGCCCUGUGCUCCAGCACGGAGCAGGCGGCCCGGCAUUUCCGGAACCCUCCGCGCCGCAUCCGCCGCUGGCUCCGGCGCUUCCAGGCCUUCCGGGACGACCGCCCCGAGCUGCCCGAGGGCAAGUACCUGAGCCUGGAGGCCGAGGAGAAGCUGGCCGAGUGGGUGCUGACGCAGCGCGAGCAGCAGCUGCCGGUCAACGAGGAGACGCUCUUCCAGAAGGCCACCAAGAUCGGGCGCGCCCUGGAGGGAGGCUUCCAGAUCUCCUACGAGUGGGCCGUGGGCUUCAUGCUGCGCCACCACCUCGGCACCCACACGCGCCGCGGCGUGGCCCGCCCUCUCCCCAAGGAGAUCCAGGGCAACGCCGGCGCCUUCAUCGAGUUCGUGCAGCGCCAGAUCCACACGCAGGAGCUGCCCUUGGCCAUGAUCGCCGCCGUGGACGAGAUCUCCCUUUUCCUGGACGCCGAGGUCCUGGGCAGCGACGAGCGCAAGGAGAGCGCGCUGCAGACCGUGGGCAACGGGGAGCCGUGGUGCGAGCUGGUGCUGAGCGUGCUGGCCGACGGCGGCGUCCUCCCCGCCCUGGUGGUGUCCAGGGGCCGCCUCCCCCGCCCGGCCGCCCUUCCCCGAUCCGUGCUGCUGGAGUCCAAGGAGGACGGCUGCGGCGACGACGAGAUCAUGGAACUGUGGGCGGCCAGGGUGUGGAGGAAGCACGCGGAACGCCGAGGCGGCGCUUCCAAAGGGAUGCUGGUCCUGGAUUGCCACCGGACGCACCUCUCCGAGGAGGUGCUGGCCGUGCUGAGCGCGGCCGGGGCGCUGCCGGCCGUCAUCCCGGCCGGCUGCAGCUCCCGCGCGCAGCCGCUGGACGUGUGCGUCAAGAGAUCCCUCAAGAGCUUCCUCCGCAAAAAAUGGAAGGAACGGGCCAGAGGCCCGCUGGAUGCCGACUCCUCGGCGCUGCUCCAGCUGCUGCUGGGCUGGCUGGGAGAAGCUCUGGAGAUCCUCGGCGAUUGCCCGGAGUUGAUCCGGAAAUCUUUCCUGGUGGCCAGCGUCCUGCCGGCGCCGGCCGGAGAUUCGGCGUCGCCGCGGCGCAACGGCGACGAGCAGGAGGAGCUGAUCGCCGCCAUGGAGGAGAGGCUGAGGAUCGCCAAAAGCGGGCAGUCGUCCCCGGAAUUCCCGGAAAACGACGACCCCGAGGCCGAUCCCGAAAUCCUGCACCGGCUCUUCGAGGGGGAGAGCGAGGCCGAGUCCUUCUACGGCUUCGAGGAGGCCGAUUUGGAUCUGAUGGAAAUUUGAGAAUUCCCGGAAAAAAAACCCAAAAAAAACGGGAGGGAUUCAUCCCGGAAAUUCCUGCGUUUGGAGAGGCCAAGGAGCGCUGGGAGUGGAAGGGGCGUUCCCUGGGUUUGGGCCCGAAAAUGGAAGGAUAUUCCAAGUUUUUGGCUGCAGAAAUGGGAGGAUAUUCCAAGUUUUUGGCUGCAGAAAUGGAAGGAUAUUCCAAGUUUUUGGCUGCAGAAAUGGAAGGAUAUUCCAAGUUUUUGGCUGCAGAAAUGGAAGGAUAUUCCAAGUUUUUGGCUGCAGAAAUGGGAGGAUAUUCCAAGUUUUUGGCUGCAGAAAUGGAAGGAUAUUCCAAGUUUUUGGCUGCAGAAAUGGAAGGAUAUUCCAAGUUUUUGGCUGCAGAAAUGGAAGGAUAUUCCAAGUUUUUGGCUGCAGAAAUGGAAGGAUAUUCCAAGUUUUUGGCUGCAGAAAUGGAAGGAUAUUCCAAGUUUUUGGCUGCAGAAAUGGAAGGAUAUUCCAAGUUUUUGCCUGCAGAAAUGGGAGGAUAUUCCAAGUUUUUGGCUGCAGAAAUGGAAGGAUAUUCCAAGUUUUUGGCUGCAGAAAUGGAAGGAUAUUCCAAGUUUUUGCCUGCAGAAAUGGAAGGAUAUUCCAAGUUUUUGGAAGGAUAUUCCCAGUGCCCAGCCCCCGGAACUUAAAGGAUAUUCCCUGUUUUUUGGAGAUCCAAGCAAAUCCCAGAAACCGAAGGCUGCUCCCAAUUUUCCGCCCUCAAACUUGAAGGAUAUCCCCUAUUUUUGGCCGCCAAAAUGAAAGGAAAUUCUUGGUUUUGGCCCCAAAAAUCAAAAGGAAGCUCCCCGUUUCUGGAGAGCCCAAAGUGCGCCAGAAAUUAAAGGAUAUUCCCAUUUUUUAGCCCCAAAAACCCAAGGAUUUUCCCAAGUUUCGGCCCCAGAAUCAAAGAAUAUUCCCAAAUUUUUGGCCCCAAAACAAAGAACAUUCCCACUUUUGGGAACAAACAGUUCCCGGCGGAUUUCUGGGAUUUUUGCAGAUUUGCCGUUGCCGCCAAUUUUUUGGGAGGAUUUUCGUGGGUUUUUUUUUUUUCUUUAUUUUUUAAAUUUUAAAAAAAACCAACCCAACUUGGAUUCCCUGUGUUGGUAUUUCCUUGGAAUUCUCUCUCGUGGCUGGAUAUUUUUUGGGAAUUUUCUUGACCUCACUUGUACCGUAAUUCCUGGAAUUUGACGUCGUUUGUGCCCAGUUUUUUUUUUCCAAUAAGACAAAAAAAAUCCCUGGAUUUAACUCC